AUGUCCAACCCGCUGCCGUCAAUGCCUCCGGGCGCCAUCGCCGUCGACGCGAGCUCUUCCUCCACCUGGGACCGGAUAUCCUCGUGGGUGUCGGAGAACAAGGCCGUUGUCUACACCAUUGCCGGCGUGGCCGUCGUCGUCACAGGUGCUGGUGUUGUCUAUUACCUGAAUUCCGACUCGCAUAGAGGGGUUGUCUGGGGAUGCGAUGCUCAAUUAGGCAUGACGACAUACCAUAUGGAUCGCACAGCUGUGCUGCCGUCGUCGCCGAAUUGGGCCGGGGGGGAAAACAACCCGGAUGGCAUGGACAGGGAGGUGAACGUGGAGAAAGCUGUAUUGUGUUCUGAUUCUGACUCGAGCCUUUCGCAACAGAAGUCCGAUGCAUCGCCAAAGCUCAGCAAGAAAGAGAGGAGGAAGCGCAAGGAAGCCGAGCGCAAGGCCGCCGACACAAAGGCCUCACAGCCCAAAGCCACCGUCGAGACCGAAUCCGAGCUGCCGGAAGUCGACGAGGCCUCUGUCCUGCAGCUGACCUCGGACGUUCGAGAGCAGUACGCCGCUCGUCUGAAGCAGGCUGGUAACAAGGCAUACGGAGACAAGGCGUACAACAAGGCCAUCGAGCUCUAUUCCCAGGCCAUUCUCUGCAAGCCCGAUGCCGUCUUCUACUCCAACCGAGCUGCCUGCUAUAGCGCCAUGAGCGAGUGGGAAAAGGUCGUCGAGGACACCACGGCUGCCAUCACCAUGGACCCCGACUACGUCAAGGCUAUUAACCGCCGCGCCACUGCCUACGAGCACCUGAAGAUGUACUCAGAGGCCCUGCUCGACUUCACUGCCUCUUGCAUCAUCGAUAACUUCAAGAGCGAGGCGACCGCCCAGGCCGUCGAGAGGCUGCUAAAGGUCUUCGCCGAGCACAAGGCCAAGGAGGUCAUGGCGUCCAGGCCCGCCAAGCUUCCCAGCCCCAUCUUCGUCGGCAAUUACCUUCAGAGCUUCCGACAGAAGCCUCGACCGGCUGCUCUUGACGACUCAGUCGAGCUCCCCUACCAUACUGGCCUCGGACAGCUGCAGCUCGGCUUCCAGGGAUUGGAACAGAAGACUGCUGAAGGAUACGAGGAGGCCAGGCAAGCGUUCGAGAAGGCCAUUGAGCUGGGCGAUCUCGGCGAGCACGAAGCUCUCGCUUACAACCUGCGGGGUACUAUGCGCACCCUGCUCGGCAACCACGCCGAAGCCACCCAGGACUUUGACAGGAGCAUCGAGCUCGACCCCACGAUGACCCAGAGCUACAUCAAGCGAGCUAGCAUCAGCUUGGAGCUGGGCGAGCCCGACAAGGCGGACGCCGAGUUCGCCAAGGCCCUCGAGCAGGACAAUGACGACCCCGACGUCUACUACCACCGCGCUCAGGCUCACUUCAUCAAGGGCGACCUCGCUAGCGCGCAGAAGGACUACCAGAAGUCUAUCGACUUGGACAAGGACUUCAUCUUCUCUCACAUUCAGCUGGGUGUCACGCAGUACAAGAUGGGCUCCAUUGCUUCGUCCAUGGCCACCUUCCGCCGAUGCAUCAAGAACUUCCCCAAGGUCCCCGACGUCUACAACUACUACGGCGAGCUGCUGCUGGACCAGGGCAACUUCCCCGAGGCCAUUGAGAAGUUUGACACCGCCAUGGAGAUGGAGAAGCAGUCCAAGCCCAUGUCCAUGAACGUGUUGCCCCUCAUCAACAAGGCUCUGGCUCUCUUCCAGUCAAGCGCGGACUUUAAGGAGGCCGAGAAGCUGUGCCAAAAGGCCCUCAUCAUCGAUCCCGAGUGUGAUAUUGCUGUUGCUACCAUGGCACAGCUUUUGCUGCAGCAGAACAAGGUGACAGAGGCGCUCAAGUACUUUGAGCGCGCUGCCGAGCUUGCCCGAACCGAGGGCGAGAUUGUCAACGCUCUUUCAUACGCCGAGGCCACACGAACCCAGGUCAAGGUGACGGAGAAGUACCCCAAGCUGGCAGAAAGGCUAGCAGGCGGCCCAGGCGGUCCUCCCGGCCUGCGUAUGCCUUAG